CUAAACGCUCCCCCUCACGCAGCGCUGCAGGAUCUCAGUGCUGAGAAUGCAUGGAUGGAUGAGUGGAUGGAUGAGUGGAUGAAGGUCUACCGCUAAGCCGAGGAUGCGGGUAUCACGCUGAGGAGCUCCAGGCCAGUCGGUCUCCAGCUCUCCAUCGCGGUCUGCGCUCCUCUCCUCCGCCGGUCUCCGCGUCUCCUCUUCCCGCCUCCUGAAGAAUGAUUACCGCGGGAGGAACUUUCCGGCGCGCGUGAACAGGGAGGAAAAUACAGCAGGAUCAUACAGGAGCCAUCGGAAAGUUUGAGCCAAGACAACAUUUCCAGACUGACAAUGAAAUUGGAGGAGGUGUAGUGACCUCUCAUCAGUCGUCUAACAUUGAGGACCACGGGGAAAACAGAGGUCUGAACCAAAGACUAAUUCAACCACCAGUUACAUCAGAUGGAGGUGGAUGUAGCAGAUGAGAAGCGCCAUUGCACUCGCUCGAAAGUUCCCCUGGAGCCGGCCAUUCAAGAGCUGUUCAGUGUGUAUGGCUGUCCCGUGGCCAAGAAGAGGAAACCCCUGGAGACUCACGCGCUGGAGCCCGCAGCCAAAAGAAAGGUCUUCCUUACCGUGGUAGACCAGAAAUGCUACACGACCCACAAAAUAGAGGAGAUGCACGAAGAAGAGGAUGAGGAAGAGGAGUAUACGGACAAUGAAGAGCAGUAUGAACAGGAGGAGGUGGAAGUGAUUAAUGGAGAAGAGGAAGAGGUGGAGCAGGAGGAAGAGGAAGUGUUGGAGGAGGACGAUGAAGUGGUGGAGGAUGGGGAAGAGGAGGGAGCAGUGGAAAGAGACGGGGAGGAUGAGGAAGAUGAGGACGAGGUAGAGGAUGAGGAGGAAGAGGAUGAGGAGCAGAUUCAUGAAAUAGAGAGUGACCAUAUGAAUUGCAGCCCCAGUAGACAAAGCCCGUCCAUGGAGAAGGACAACAACAACAAUGAUGAAUAUGACAACUAUGACGAACUGGUGGCCAAGUCUCUGCUUAACCUGGGCAAGAUUGCAGAAGAUGCUGCUUACCUGGCCAUGACCGAGUCAGAGAUGAACAGCAACUCUUCGAACAGCGCAGAAGAGGACGAGGAGGAGGAUGAGGAGGAGGAUGAAGAUGAAGAGGAGGAUGAGGAUGAGGAGGGCUCAAAGAAAGGGGAGCUGAGUCUGGAUGUGAACAGCGAUGUGGUGCGGGAGACUGUGGACUCUCUGAAGCUCCUGGCGCAGGGUCACGGAGUCUCGCUCUUAGAAAACCUCCAUGAGAAUCACUAUCAGGAGGACGGAAGUGAGAAUACAGACUGUGGCAACGGAAAUGGGUCCACGGGUAAUGGACACUGUGGUAAACCCACUGCUAAUGGUCAGAUGGUUGAGAAGAGUGACGAGGAGGUCUGUCUCAGCAGUUUGGAGUGUCUUCGCAACCAGUGCUUUGACUUGGCACGCAAGCUAAGCGAGACCAAGCCAAUCGAGCAUCUCAACAAUAACCAGCAGCAGGCUCUUCAUAUUUACCAAGAGACCCAACAGCAGCAGCAGCAUCAGCAUCAGAGUUCUGAGGAGUGUCGUGUCCUGGAGAGGAAUUACUCCGACAUGGUGAACCUGAUGAAGCUGGAAGAGCAGCUCAGCCCACGAUCCAAGACUUUCUCCAGCUGCGCCGCAGAGCACAAGGGCUUCCAGGACUGCGAUGAAGACACCACUUCCGUCACCUCAGACCGCUCGGAGGAUGUUUUUGACAUGACCAAAGGCAACCUGUCACUACUGGAGAAGGCCAUAGCACUGGAAACAGAGCGGACCAAAGCUUUGAGGGAAAAGAUGGCAUCUGAAGCAGUCAGGAGAGACAGGCUGCAUUUGCAUGAAGAUGCUUUGAGGCACAGAUAUGCAGAAGAGCGGAAGGUGCGUCUGCACCAUGACGGCCUAAAGAAGCCCUACUACCUUAAAGAUUCGUCGCGGUCGGGGAAGAAGGAGAGCCGGUGUCCGACGCCAGGUUGUGACGGCACAGGUCAUGUUACUGGUCUGUACCCGCACCACCGCAGCCUGUCUGGAUGUCCUCAUAAAGAUAGAGUCCCGCCGGAAAGUAAGCCCUCGACACCGUCCCCGCAAACACCACAUGAGCUGCUGCUGCCUUCACAUCUGUGCUGUUAUUCUGCUGAAUGUGUGUGUUGUGUGUGUGAUCACCUGUUCAUUCUGCAUGCAAACAUCUGCACGCUGAUACAGUAUGCAAAAGCUUGGAACGGUUCGAAUGACAGGAGUCUGUCAGGCUGCCCGAUAGCGGCGGCAGAGAAACUGGCCAAAGCCCAUGAGAAGCACCAGUCAUGUGAUGGAGGCAAAUCCAGCCAGGCUUCAGACCGUGUGCUCAGACCCAUGUGCUUCGUGAAGCAGCUGGAGAUUCCACAGUACGGCUAUAAAAACAACGUUCCCACUUCAACCCCACGAUCCAACCUAGCCAAAGAGCUAGAGAAAUACUCCAAAACCAGCUUCGACUACAAUAACUACGACAGCUCCGGUGUCUACAGCAAACGGCACGGCGCUGCGCUCAAACUCCACAGCCGAGACAAGCUGGACAUAAAUGAAGAUGUGAAGCGCUACUGCAAGAGUUCGAGUUCGGCGAGCAGCACCACCAGCAGCUAUGGGCCGAGCAGCAGCAGUCUUAGCUGUGCAGGAGGAGCGCGAGGAGCCGAGAGCAGCGCCAGCAGCACCUGCAGCAAGAGCAGCUUCGACUUCACCCACGACAUGGAGGCGGCGCACAUGGCAGCCACAGCCAUCCUCAACCUCUCCACCCGCUGCCGGGAGAUGCCCCAGAGCCUGAGCGGGAAACCCCUGGACAUCUGCUCACAGUCUGAUGAUCUGGAUCCCUUCCAGGACAUUUUAGAGGACAGCGUAUACACUGAUGUCGGCAUUCCCAGUCCCAAACCAAAAUUCCCACCUUGCAAAGAAAGCAAAAAGGACCUGAUAACCCUUUCAGGUUGUCCUUUAGCAGAUAAAAGCAUUCGGAGCAUGAUGGCCAGCAACUCACAAGAACUCAAGUGCUCGACCCCGGGCUGCGACGGCUCGGGUCACAUCACUGGAAACUACGCUUCACACAGAAGUUUGUCUGGAUGUCCACGUGCUCGGAAAACUGGAAUUAAGAUCACACACAGUAAAGAGGACAAGGAAGACCAGGAGCCCAUCAGGUGUCCGGUUCCCGGUUGUGACGGUCAGGGUCACAUCACAGGUAAAUACGCAUCUCACCGCAGCGCGUCCGGCUGCCCUCUAGCAGCCAAACGGCAGAAGGACGGCUUCAUCAGCGGUGCUCAGUUCAGCUGGAAGAGCGGGAAGAGUGACGGGAUGUCCUGUCCCACACCAGGAUGCGAUGGAUCGGGACAUGUCAGCGGCAGCUUCCUCACACACAGAAGUCUCUCUGGUUGCCCACGAGCCACAGCAGCAAUGAAGAAAGCCAGACUAUCAGGAGUGGAGAUGCUCACAAUCAAACAGCAAACAAGCAACGGUUUAGACUGUGAUGCAGAUAUUAAACAGCUGGAUGAAGAUAUUAAGGGUUUAAAUGAAUCAAAUUCACAGGUGGAAGCAGAUAUGAUCAAACUCCGAACACAGAUCACCACAAUGGAGUCUAAUCUGAAGUCCUUAGAGGAAGAAAACAAGAAAUCAUUUCACAAAGAGCCUGCAGUUAGACACAACAGUUGUUUACAGCUGCACCAGAGAGAGCCCAUGAGCGAACAGAACUUUGACGCAUAUGUAACAACACUGACGGACAUAUACACGAAUCAAGAUCAGUAUCAGAGCUCAGAGAACAAGGCCCUGCUAGAAAACAUUAAACAAGCUGUGCAAGGCAUUCAAGUCUAGCUGCUGGGAACGAAGCGGCUGCGUUCUCACAGCAUAAGGAUCUGAAAACACUUCCAGAAAAAGAGAAGAAAAUCCUAUAGGAUGCAUCACGCUUCCCUGUUGUACUUUAUCAAACGUCAUGUUCUUUAAAAACAAUGCUGUUAUGCUGACUAAACAUUUUUUUUAAUUAUGAUUUUUUUUCUGGCCUUGCUUUAUAAAAAAAUGAUCAUUAUUUGGGGGGGAUCUGCAAAGCAUUUACAUUUUGUACGUUUUUAUAUGGGCUGGUGUAAUGUGAAUCAUCCUUCCCGCUGCUCAUCAAUGCACCUUUUAGUGUAUUUACAGUAACAUCAACGCAACUACUACAACGGUACAACAAUAGCUGACGCUUGCUGAGAGAUCAUCAACAUCAAAAAAAAAUUGUGCCAUUUAUGGAUUUUAUUUAUUACACAUUUUACGGUAAGAAGUAAAAUUGAUUGAUUGAUUUAUUUAUUUAUUUAUUUAUUUAUUUUACAGAUUUGUCGAAAGCAUUGCAUCCCUCACACUACCUGAUAAAAGUCUUGUCGGCUAUCCAAGUUUUAGGAACAACAAUAAUAACUGGACUCUUAGUUGACCAUUUGGUAACAGAAGUGUCUUAUAUGAAAGGUAAAGGCCUCUAGAUGAGGCUUAUUUGAGCACAAUAAAAUCUGAUCAUGCC